UGUGCAGUAGGAGGCGGUAUACACCUUCAUAAUUUGGUUUGCAAUCCGCCAUUAAGAAGAAGAAGAAGAAGACGGAAGAAGACAGCAGUCACCCUGCAACAGAAAGCAUGAUUAAACGACAUUGAAUUACAGACAUGUCUCUUGGCUGUGUGAGAUGGGCGCUCAGCCACACAGUGAGAUCUGUGUGUGUUGGCAGCCUUGCCUUCAGGCCCCCUGUGUCAAGAUUUACCAUAUGCAGUGAAGGAUACAAAAUAACUGCAUCCUCCUGGAGACGUUCUCCUUUCUCCACCGCUGUAGACGACACAGAAGAGACUCCUGCAACAAAGAAAAAAAACCACAAUCCCAAAGCGAAUGCCACAAUCUCCUCCGUUGGCCGCAAAAUCCCUCAGCGAGAGGUUCAAGUGAUCAGUGAGACAGGCGAGAAUCUGGGCACCAUGCACCGAGCAGAUGUGAUCAGAAUGAUGGAUGAGCGGGGUCUCAAACUGGUGCUGCUCACUGAUCACAAAGAUCCUGCUGUCUACAAGCUGAUGAGCGGCAAACAGAUCCAUGAAGAGCAGCUGAAACUGAGGGAGAAGCAGAAAGCAAAAGCAGCUCCUGUGCAGAUGAAAGAGCUCACCCUCUCAUCAGGUAUUGCGGCUCAUGACCUCAGCACUAAGCUGAAACAAGUGGAGGGUUUGCUGGAGAAGAAACAUCACGUGAAAAUCACUCUGAGAUCAGGACGGGGGAAACCAGCGGGCGACAUGGAGACAAAUUUGGAGCAGAUCGUGCAACAAAUGGAGGUGUUGGUUGGAUUUGUCUCGAGGCCAAAAGCCAAAAGAGAGGGUCAGACAGCCAUGUGCAUACUGCGCCCGCCUUCAGCAAAGGAACUGUCACAACACAAGAAAGAUAUAGCCUCUGAAUCACAGUCUGAAGACUCCAGUUCAAAAGCUGCUCAGAGCAAAACAUCUCCUGUUAACGACACAGACACGAAAGAAGAAUCUAUACAGCAGUGAACUGACGGAAUAAAACAUCUAGACAAAAACACACUGAA